AAUCUUAAAAAAAAAAAAAGAAAAUAUCAUUCAUUUUCUCUAGAAGCUUGUUAAUUGAUGAGUAUCUUAAACCUGUUUGUUGUAUUUUCUGUUCAAGUAAUUGUUCAACCUUUAAUGUGUGUUAUGUGGGAUGAAGUUUUCUUCUUGGGAAAAGAGAUGAAUUCUGCUUUUAGUAUGCUAAGUUUCAGGUGCUUGUGUAGCUCAAUAAGGUAUAUGAGAUACCUUACAUAUAAGACAUAGAGUCAUAAAGAAUUUGAGAAAGAUUGGAAGUUUUCUCAAUAAAGAUGGUGAUUGAAACCUAGGACUUGGUGAGUUUGUGUAUCUGAUUAAAAAAUCUAAGAUGUAACUAAAUACAACGAAAUGUUCUACUCUUUUGGACUUAGUGAAAUGAGAUUCUUGCUUACUAGUCUGGUGUAUCAGAAUUGUAAAGGAUGAAACAGAGAUCUUUGGGUUAAAUCAGGAAAGAGUCAUUGGUGACUGAAGACUAACUGACUCCUUGAGUACAGCAAGAGCAAAGGUAGAUUGGAGGGGAUUAAAAGGAGCUGAUAGGGCAAUAGAACAUUGUAGUUUAAAAAUUCUGUGAAGGACUGCAGCCAAUUAAGCCGACUGUGCUCUUUGUCUAUGGGGGCCCAGUGUGCCAUGGCUGCAAACAGUAGCCUCCUCGGUAGUGUAUGCAACCUGUUGAUUGUAUGGGUUGCCCUAAGGGACCUUGGAGACAACCCUUUUUGGUGGAUGCUGGGGUCUGACCUCAUGGCUAUCUCCAAUUUAGGCUGCAGACAGGUAUGCGGGGUGCCUUUGGAAAGCACAGUAGCCAGGGUCCACAUUGGCCAAGUCAUCAUGUCCAUCCAUACCAAGCUGCAGAACAAGGAGGAUGUGAUUGAGGCCCUAAACAGGACCAAGUUCAGGUUCCCUGGCCGCCAGAAGAUCCACAUCUCCAAGAAGUGGGGCUUUAUUAAGUUCAAUGCGGAUGAAUUUGAAGACGUGAUGGCUGAAAAGCAGCUUAUCCCAGAUGGCUGUGGGGUCAAAUACAUCCCUAACCAUGGCCCCUUGGACAAAUGGAGGGCUCUGCACUCAUGAGAAUCUUGGCACUAUCCCUUCCCAUCAUAUUCAUGUCCACAAAUAAAUCCAACUUUCUGUCAAAAAAAAAAAAAAUUCUGUGAAGGAUAGUAAAGUAGGAAGAAUAAAAGAAAUUACAGGGGUAAGUGGUGGUUUUUUCCAGUUACAGAAUGUAUGUUUAUUUGUUGUCAAACUUUUUAUAAAGACAAGAAGGCUUAGUAUGAUUAAAUGAAACCACCAAGAGAUUAGUGCUGAAUAUAUAAUGUUUUAGAAGGGAAAAUGAACCUUAAGUAGAAUGAAAAAACCCGGAGAUUCAAUAAGGCUUAUUUUCAUCAUAUCAUUUUGACAUACAGAAGAAUAAUUUUAGUAGUUGUCUCUUGAGAAGUUAAAAUUCUUUGAAAAGUAGCCACAGGAUUAAAAAAAAUCAUCCCACUAAUCUUUGAGUUUCUAAUAUAUGCUUAGGGUGAAUUUAUUUUAAGGCUUUAGAACGCAUAAAAACAGAUUGUUGAGAGCUGAAUAAAUACAUAGAAAAUAUAGUCACAGUAUCUUUGGUGAGAAAAGAUAAGCAUAAUUGGAAUAUUUGAUAUGUAGAUUUUAACAGGAUGUGAUGAGAGAGAAUUUUAAGUGCAUCCAUCAUUUGACUGACUGAAAGAAUCAGGGAUGAUAAAUUAUAGGAGUAUGAUGCAUCGAUAGUUACAACUGUUCCAAAGUUAUAAUUUAAAAGCUAUGUAUCCAUGGAAAAGAGAAAACUAAUAUAAUGGAACGAAAUGUUAACUAUAAAAUGUUUGAAAAUUUAUAAUAGACCAAAUAUGGUUCUUAAAUUACAGGCAUGAUUGUAAUCAUUAUGAAUCUCAAAGAGAUGCUCAACACAUGUACUCUGAAUAUAUAAUGUAAACCAAUACUAGGUAAUAGUUUUUAUUAUGUCAGGUAUUCCAUAAUGCUUUACAUAUGUUAAAAUUAAACGAGCACCUUCAAGAUGUAAAAUAAUACACAUUUCAGGUACUUUAUUAGUAGAAAGUGAAAAAAAAAUCCUUUUUAAGAUGAAAUGAAUAUCCUGUAGACGAUGGCUAAAUUUUUUAACUCCGUCUUAAAGAAAUGAGUCAAGUUUAUUCUUUAAGAUAUUCAGAGUUGACACCACAAACCUUUGUUUCCCUAACUGGAAACCUUUUAUGUAUGGAGGCUGUAUCUAGAUGGUACUUAAUAUUUGUGGUAGAUCAAAAAGUGACUAUGUUUUCCUGGGAGUGGGAAAGGGAAACGUAAUAGUGGCCUGCAGUAAGAGUGUAAAGACCUACUUAAAAAAAACCCCACUUCAUUAGAGAUCUAUAUUAAAAGUUUCUUUUCUUGGGGCG